CUGUAUUACCGUUGCACAUUUGGACACUGUAGUUUUCCCCUUUUCUUCUUGAUUGAAUUGAGAGUCCGGAUUCAAGACAUUUACAGACAAAAAGAAAAUAAAUAAAAGCAAAGCUGUAGCAUCAAAUGUAGCAGAGUCAGCAUGUCCUCUCACUCAGUGUAGAUUUACAGCUGUGUGCACUGACUGACCUCUCUGUUCUCUGAUGAAUAUAUAAUGCUUUGGACUUUUUUUUGCAUAUCCUUCCAUGAUCUAUCAUUUUCUACUAACCUAAUUUUGUACUGUUGUAAAAUACUAAUUCUUUUUACUUGUUUUUUAACUUUUUAACUUUACUUUUAUCAGCUAUCUUGUCAAAUUUAAUCAUUCAUUUUGUGUUUCAUAGCUUAAUUAACUUCAUUUACGUCAAUCGUAAAUACUUGGUUUAACUAUGUACUAUAAUGUGUUUCUUUUGAUGUGUGCCAAAAAAAUUCUUAUCCACUGUUUGAUCUCCAUUUAAUGUUUAAAAAAUAUAUAAAAAAGAGGGGAGGAUAAUUUUUAUAGUCACUGUGCAAAUAUCUUGUGCACACAGUGUGCACCUUCUCUUGAGGACGGCUAGCAUCUUCUAAGAUGAUGAUGCUCCAUAGCUGUCCAAUAAAGUUUUAAGAGGACAAUAAAAUGUAGAGGCAUGGCGCAAUCACAUUUCAGAAUGAUUCUCUUUUUAUAUGCAUGUGCUUCUGAACACUGACCCCAUAAAACAUUACGUAAUGGUUAAUUUUUUAUUUUUCUUUCACCUGAUAUUCCCGCCCCAAUUGGAUUUGGUUGGCGCAGCGCAGGCAUAAAGGGCAGUGAGCAGGGCACUUCUGUCUCUAUCAUCCUCUUGGAUAUCACAGCAGGAGGAACUGGGAUCUACCCCUAAGAAUCACAAGCUCCAAGGCAACUUUUCUUCCAGUCUCCUGACAUCAAACCAUCCACAAUGUCCAUUUUCCAAGCAACCGCUGCCGUGCCUAUGACCUGCGAGUCAACUGCCGCAAUCUGCUCAGGCCCAAACUGCCUUGUUCCUGAAAGUGACUUCAAUGCAAUCCUCAGCCUGGUGUUGAGCACAGUGCUCACAGUCAUGCUGGCUUUUGUCAUGUUCUCCAUGGGCUGCACUGUGGACUCUGACAAGCUUUUGGGCCACAUCAAGAGACCCUGGGGCAUCGUCAUCGGCUUCCUCUGCCAGUUUGGCAUCAUGCCCUUCACAGCCUUUGCCUUAUCGCUCGCCUUCAAUGUGCUCCCUGUGCAGGCUGUUGUCAUCAUCAUUAUGGGCUGCUGCCCUGGAGGCUCCGGCUCUAAUAUCAUCUGCUACUGGCUGGAUGGAGACAUGGACCUCAGCAUCAGUAUGACGGCCUGUUCCUCUAUCCUGGCCAUGGGGAUGAUGCCUCUCUGUCUGCUCAUUUACACCUCUGUCUGGACCUCUAGCGAAACCAUCCAGAUCCCAUAUGACAGUAUUGGUAUCACUCUUGCUGCCCUUCUUAUCCCAAUUGCUGUGGGAAUGUAUGUCAAGCGCAGGUGGCCCGCCGUAGCUAAAAAGAUCCUCAAGGUCGGGUCCAUUGCAGGGUUUGGUCUCAUUAUCAUUAUCGCUGUGGUUGGAGGAAUUCUCUACCAGUCCUCUUGGGAUAUUGACCCCUCCCUUUGGAUUAUUGGAACUGUCUACCCCUUUAUUGGUUUCGGCCUGGGCUUCUUCAUGGCUCGCUUUACAGGCCAACCUUGGGAAAGGUGUCGAACCAUCGCUCUGGAGACGGGUUUCCAGAACUCCCAGUUGUGCAGCACCAUCGUCCAGCUGUCUUUCAGCCCUGCUGAGCUGGAGGUCAUGUUUGCAUUCCCUCUCAUCUACAGCAUCUUCCAGCUAGUGGUGGCAGUCAUGUCUGUGGGAGCUUACCAAGUGUAUAAAAAGAACUGUGCUCGUGUUUCAUCUGAGGAAGACAGUGAGUGUCCAGCACUGGAAGACAGCGUCGGUGAAACAGUAAAAGAGAAGCCCUAUGGAAUGGAAAACAGUGCUUUUGAAGUGGAUGAGAAUGGUAACAAGGAAAGGAAGGGUAAGCACAUUGACAAGUUCACCGAGCUGUGA